AGCGGAAGGAACCCGCACGCAACUUCCGUAACUCCUUGCAGUCAUCGCUAGUAUGCCAAGCUCAUCAACCAGGAGUCUCCUCCAUGUCUCUAUCGUUACUGCCGGUGAAUACUGAUUGACGUGCAGGCUCGAUCGCGUUCUGCAAGUGAAACGAUUUUGUCCUAUCUGUGAGGUCAUUAGUGGGCUCCUCCGUGCUUGCGCCGGCGCCUCUCCGUGGACUCCGUGGACUCCGUGGACUCCGUGACCUAGGUCCAGGUGCUAGGAAAGAUCCUCAGUCUAUCGCUGCGCCUCGAGUGUCAUCAUGAUCAUCUCUCUCGCCCCGAUCUUCGCUGUCGUCUUCAGCCUCCACGGCUACGUUGGCGCAGUUUGUAAAGUCUCGUUGAACAGUAACUUGCCAACGAAGGAGCCUCUUUACUUGAUUCAUAAGGGCUCUAAGCUGGAUUUCGUAUAUCCUAAGAGCGCAAAAGGAGCGUCUAAAAGGGACAAAGGCUCAUUCGAGCUAUCAGAAAACGAGGAGCUGGUAUUCGCAUGCCCGGGAAAAGCCAACAAAUUGGCACGAACAACCGAGAAUGCUGCAGAUUCACACUGUGUUAGUGGAACGAGGUUUUCUUUAGGAGCAAAGAAGACUUCUAACAUCGAGCAGAUCGAGUGCACGAGUAGUGUAAAAGCAACUCUUGAACUAGAUUCAGGUAAAAAAUGCGCCAAAACUGGGACACAGAUGAAAAUUGGAUUUGAGGUUGAACGUCAGCUUUUACCUCUGAUGUGGGUGUGUCAUGAUAUCAAAGCAGCGGACACGAUUUUUGUCGAGCACGAUAUUCCAGCCACCAUCGGCGGAGCACGUAUUUUUAAAGCUCGGCCAGACUUUGAGGACGGACCUUCUCAUCUUUACGAGGGGAUUAACGUAAAAAAUGUUUAUACCCAGAAAUAUCAACGAGGUUUAUUCAAUCAGCUCCUUGGAAAGGGUCAAGGAGAGAAAUUUAUAAAAGGGACAUAUUAUCUGGCGAGGGGUCAUCUUGCCCCUGACGGAGAUUUUCUUUACGGAUCCUGGCAAUGGUCAACAUAUUUCUACGUAAACACAGCUCCACAGUGGCAAAUCAUCAAUGCGGGCCAUUGGCUGGCACUGGAACGAUACCUGAGGAAGUUUGCAGAGCAGACUGGAGAGGACCUACACAUCAUGACUGGAAUAGUGGGUGUGCUUUCUUUUGAAUCUGAUUCAGGGGAAAAUGUGGAGAUUUAUUUACAGCCAGAUGAGCAGAAGAUCCGAGUGCCUGCCGCGUUUUUCAAAGUCAUACGAAGCGAAGUUAGCGACCGGGCGAUCGUUGCAGUUUGCUCGAACAACCCCUUCGAAAAAGUUCCAACUUUGUGUCAGGACAUAGCAGCGGAGCACCGAUGGCCGACCUCAUGGCAUGAUCAUGCCAAGGGUCAUAUCUACUUUUGCGAGGUGAACGAUUUCCUCUCAAAUGCGAGUGGUUUGCCCAUCAGGCGUAACUCCGGCAUUUUGAGAGGAAUCGGUAAAUAAUGGCGUGGGUAAACCGGAAAAUGGAUUCAUAUCCUUCCUUGUGAAAUCGCUUUUGCGAGCGGAAAAGUCAAGGCCAAGUUUUGAUACUAAAACCGCAUGUAAAUUUUUUCUCAAUUAUUGACUCGUUGAAAAAAUAAAUACCAAUUUUACAACCACGAAUUUUCAGUUUGUAUUGCACGGAGUUAAACGAAAAAAAGAAGACAUAGAGUAUACUGAUUAAAAAUAACUUUUUUAAAUACAAUUUUUUAUAUGACAAUAUGCUACAUGAAAUGUAUUCCCCGUGGAGAUACUUCAUGUUCAUGCACAAUUUUCUUUAUCAUAGUAAACUAUUCUAUAUGAAAGACGUUAAAAUAAAGAGCCUAUAUAACUAACUGAGUAUGUAGAAAUCAACCUCGGAAUAGAAUCUGACAGAUAAACUGUCCAUUGAGGAUAGCACAUUCAAGGCCAACGAUUUUGACACUUUCCCCAUUAGACAUCAUAAAAAUCUGUAAAAAAUUACUGUAAUAUUUUUGUAAAUAAAUGUGUUUUAUGUAAAUUUA